CAGCGCCAAGUCGCUGACCUCGGAGCCCUCCACGCGCCGGCUGAGCCCCUCGUGCCCCGCCGGACCCUCGGCCCCGUCCUUGCUGCCGAAGCAGGGCCCGGCCCCCUCCAGGCCGACCAGGUUGAGAAAGCCAACAGCCGGGAGCAGCAGUGCACGGCCGGGCUGCCAGGAGCACAGAGGAGCCUCCAGGAGGUACCACAGCACAGCCUGACUGCAGGGCAGCCCUGGAGGGCACUGCUGGCUGCCAAACCCUCACCACCUCUGCAUGGAGCAAGCAGAUGGGAUGCAGCUUCCGUCAUCUAACGGCUGCCUUUCAAACAGGACUCAGUAUUCCAAUAAAAGUGACUUGCUGGACAAAAAGGCCAGUGAAGAAAAGCGAUGCCAGGAUAGCGCAGUGUCUCCCAGCUGAGCAGUCCCAGGUGAGGGUCCGUGCUUUUGGACUUACCCGAAUCCGUCUCAUGGCUGCCACAAUCUCCACGCGGCUGCUGGGCCUGGGAACGUCCAAGCUACCAAUGUACUGAAAGACAGAAGUUUCCCUUUGGCAGGCGCCUGCCGUGUGAUAUCUACUGGCAUGGAGUGUCGUUUCAUGAUAAUUACAUAUUCUCAGGUCAAGUCAACAAGUUUCCAGGCAUGACGGAGAUGGUACGUAAGGUUACGCUGAGCCGGGCAGUGAGAACGAUGCAGGAUUUGUUUCCUGUCGAAUAUAACUUCUAUCCUCGCUCCUGGAUUCUGCCCGAGGAGUUUCCCCUCUUUGUGGCUGAGGUUCGAAUGAUGAAAGAGAGCGAUCCGUCCUGGAAGCCCACUUUUAUUGUCAAACCUGAUGGCGGGUGCCAGGGGGAUGGAAUCUACCUCAUUAAGGACCCCAGCGACGUCAGGCUGGCCGGCAGCCUGCAGAGCCGCCCGGCAGUGGUCCAGGAGUACAUCUGCAAACCGCUGCUUGUGGACAAGCUGAAGUUUGAUAUUCGUCUCUACGUCUUACUGAAAUCCUUAGAACCUUUAGAGAUUUAUAUAGCCAAAGAUGGACUUUCUAGAUUUUGUACAGAGCCCUAUCAAGAACCCACUCUAAAAAAUUUGCACCAGGUUUUUAUGCACUUAACUAACUACUCACUAAAUAUCCAUAGUGGGAAUUUCAUCCAUUCUGACAAUGUCAACACUGGCAGCAAGAGGACUUUCUCAAGCAUUCUGUGCAGACUGUCUUCCAGAGGAGCUGAUGUCAAAAAGGUUUGGUCAGAUAUAAUUUCACUGGUGAUUAAAACAAUUAUUGCACUGACACCAGAACUGAAAGUUUACUAUCAGUCUGACAUCCCAGCAGGAAAGCCUGGGCCAACUUGCUUCCAGAUUUUAGGGUUUGACAUUCUCCUGAUGAAAAACUUGAAGCCCAUGUUGCUGGAAGUAAAUGCAAACCCCAGCAUGAGAAUAGAGCACGAGCAAGAGCUCUCUCCUGGGGUGUUUGAAAAUGUCCCAAGUCCUGUUGAUGAAGAAGUGAAAGUAGCUGUUAUCAGAGAUACUCUUCGUCUGGUGGACCCCCACAAAAAAAAGAGAAAAGAUACUCAAUGUCGGACUUCAGAGCAUGUGUCAGAAACAAGAGAGGAUCUACUGGAUGCAGGACCAGCAGGUGGACCAGAAUACGAGACCAGCAAAAACCCAGAGGCUGGCCUGCCCUCCCUUUGUCUCAAGCAAGUGUUUCCAAAGUAUGCCAAGCAGUUUGAUUACCUGCGACUUGUGGACAGGGUGGCUGCGUUGUUCAUCCGAUUCCUUGGCGUCAAAGGGACAACAAAACUGGGGCCAACAGGUUUCCGGACAUUUAUAAGAAACUGCAAGCUCAGUAACAGCAAUUUUUCAAUGGCUUCUGUAGAUAUCUUAUACAUUGAUAUCACACGAAGGUGGAACAGCAUGGGAAUUGAUCACAAAGAAUCAGGAAUGUGUUUGCAAGCCUUUGUUGAAGCUUUCUUCUGUUUGGCUCAGAAAAAAUACAAGUCGCUCCCUCUUCAUGAGCAGGUGGCAUCAUUGAUUGACUUCUGUGAGUAUCACCUGGCUGCCCUGGAUGAGAAGCGCCUGCUUUGCGGCCGAGGGGUUGUGGAGCGCCGAGGUGCAGCGGUUACUUGUCCGACAGAUGGACUUGAGGUGACCCCAGCUCUGCACGCACCCCUCCUAAACCGCACGGCCACAGCUGGUAAACUUGCAGAUUGCAGAAGUCAUCGCUAUCCUGCUGCUGUUUCACCAGGAGCAGGGAGAGACUGAGAGAACUGAGAAUUAAUCUCAGGUGAAGACAAGGAACAAACAGACAGUGAGAAGAUAACCAGCAUCAUGGGAAUUGGGUGCACCGCCUGAGAGGCACACUCAUGUUAAGAAAUUACAUGCCUCGAAUGCACUAAAUGUAUCAUGGACACCAAUUAAGGAGCUGCAGUUGCAAAUUCCAGUUGUGUGGUUUUGAAAACAAAAACCUGGGAUUAUAUUUUUGGUCAGACUUCAGGCUUUGACCCUGUUAUUUCAGUUGCUUGGACUGGGCUUGUCGGUACUGGUACAGAUCUGCUCGUUGCCCAUAGCUAUGCACUUACCUUUGUAACUCAGUCUUAAACCUCUGAAAUCAUAUUUCUGCUUCUACUUUGUACGUGUCCUUGCCAUAAGAAGUACUGUUAACUUUUUAAAGAAAAAGGAGAGAUGUUUGAGUCCUUUUGCUUCUGCAGAAACAAUAAGAUCACAAUGAUUCACAGCAAAAAAAAAAACCACAAGCAACCAAGCUUCAUUAAGUAACAUUUGUUGACUUCAGUGUUGUUUUUUCUUCAAGUAGUAAGCACUGUUGCUGCAAAGAGCCUUACUGCAUAAAGGUGUAAGAAAUCAACCAGGUCCAGAAGUCAUCCAGAAGGCCAGUCCGGUCACUUUAGGCUAAACUAAUUGUAUUCUAGGUUUGCUGAUUUUCAUACUACUUUGGUGUUUGCUAUCUUAUUUGGGCCUAGGUAACACCUAGAGCAGAUUUUUUUGGACUUUGCACAUAAUCUUCAUUUUUCUUCUAUCUACAACUUAGAUCUAUAUUAUUCAACAGGAUAUUUUCUCAAGAAUGCUGGACUCCACUGGAGCUCUUUUGGAGGAGUUCUACUCUUAUUUUUCAAGCAAUGAACUAAACAGUAAAAAAUCUCUGCACAGAGCAUGACAUCCCCAUAAUGAACUCUUUGUCAAGCAUGAAGCUGGCCACGUUGCAGCCUGGCACUCCCCCUCUCCACAGUGGGCACCAGCAGCAAAUCCAGACCCUGCAGCUCACUCACAGCCUGGGGACAGCAAGCUCAGCUGAGUAAGGGCACUCAUUAACCGUGCGUUGGCAGCAUCCAAUGAAGCAAUGCGUUUCUCCUGCAAAGAAGCGGACGGAGGGAACCGUCAAUGGAAACACACGGAGAACUGUCUGCCACACCGUGAGUGGUUGUGAGCUAGCAACCUGUGGGCCUUUGGGACCAGUACCCCUCAGCAGCCCACUGCUGAUAGCAGGUCUACAAGUGCUUUGCCUGUGUUUUCCCCUGCUGCUGCCAGGUGAACAGACAUCUCUGCAAGCUGUGUGCUCCAGGCUGGCCUGGCAGCAGCCACAUCCCAGCCAGAAGCCUGUGUGUGUGCCUGGGUUGAUGCUGGGGCAUGGCACUCUGCAACCUCCCAGCAGCUCCAUGUCAGAUGGCACGGCUGUGGCUGUAGCCUGGAUUAGAACUGUGCUGAGCUGUGCUGUGCCAGGUUUGUACAAAGCCUGCGUUUCCUUCAGGGAAAGCCCCUGAAAUUCUGGGUUAGGACAUAAUUUGAGGAUUACUUCUAUGAGGAAUCAAUAUCCUUUCUGCAGGUAGCUCCAGAAGCAUCUGCAGGGGAGCACCAGAGUUCUGCAUGGCUGCAGGGAUUCUGGGCAGCAGUUCUACAGCCAUGACCCCAUUCAGAGGGUAGCUCUGGCUACAGGAGAUCCCUGUUAGACCUUCCGUCCUGCUCCCAGCGCACACCAGGCUUUUAAACAAGCACAAUCUGCGCUGAAUUAAUUUUAUCGUACUAGGGUUAAUUGGUCCUGAACAAAAUGGAGAUAAAGUACUUUUUCUAAUUUUUCAGUGAUACAGAAAUUGUGGUGUUUGCUCUAACUGCAGCUGUUAUGAAGACGAUAACAUUCCUGUUCUAAAGCAUAGUUCUCUCCCAAGGUGGUUAUUCCUGUCAGUGUUUAAUUGAUUUUGUUAGUGUAAAUAAAUGCCUUAAAUGACUUGUGGCCUCCCAGGAUGGCUCUGAUGGCAUAGCUUAUCCUCACUGAUUACACUGAGGGGUCCAGUGCAGUGUCAUGGGGACAAGAGCAAGAGCUGCUGUGCUGCAGCCUGAUCCUGCCAUGCCUGCACAUUCCUGCUGUCUGCUGAGAGCAGGCAGAAUGAAAGUAACACGGGCACAGCAGUUUGCCUAUGUAACUCCAAGGAUCACACACAGUGUGAGAUGAUAAGCAGAAAACUGCACCACACAGGCUUGGGUGAGAGCCCCAUAACACUGCAGGGCCUGGAGGAGGUGCUGCUGGCUGCAGCCCCCAGCUGUGUGCCCCACACUCCCCCUUACCUGCCAGGCUUUGCCCUAGCGCAGCAGGAAAUGUGUGCUGAUUUACUGGCUUGGAACAAAUUACUGUACAGGAAAACAGUGAUUCUUUUUGCAAAGUUACCACCAUCUCAUCUCCUUUUUAAUUAGUUAUACAGUAAAUUAGUCAUGAGUGGUGACUCACAAGAGAUUAAUACGGUCAUUAAGAGAAAGCCUACAAUUCACUAGCACCCAGCCACAACCUGGCGCUGCCUAAACAAAUGAAAAGAUGAUGGGCUGUAUUUUCAGAUCCUUUGUUCCAAGCACAGUAUUUUGCACCAUCAUCUGAUCUGUACCACUAAGUGCGCUAUCAGCCCUGGCACAGUCCUGCACAGACUGACCCUGGCCCUGGCCAUCCCUGCAGGGAGCAGGGUGCUGACUCCCAUAUGCUGACCAUUUGCACAAGCUCAGUCCCCUGGCACUGCCAUUCCAUGCUCCUCCAAGCUACAGGCCCUGUCUCCUCCCCUCUGCUCCCUCUGCCCUGCAGACAUGCUUUCCUUCCCUGCUCUGUGCAUUUGCUCUCCUCUUGUCUAUCAUUCCCCUGCCCUUCUGUAGGCUCUGCCCUUCUCUAGACUUUGCUCCAACCACCUCCUCGCUGCUUUGCCUGCUGUCACCCCCACCUCCCCGCAUUACCUGCCAAACACCAAGGCUGGAAAAAGCUGCAGAAUGCAAAUGCUCUGGUAAAAGAACAGUGUCCUGCUGAGGGCUGACCCACCCUGUCACUGCCUGCAGCUUUGUGCUGAUGCACCCCAUGCACGUGGUCUGACCGCACUGGAUCUGGUGCUGCUGCACAGUGGGGAGGCUGCACGUUGGCAGAGUCACCCAGAGAGCUGCAGCCCUCAGUGUCAGGGACUCACCUGUGCAUCAAUGAUCUUCUGCUUGGAGUCCACGGCAGCCUGCAUUUCUGCAUGGUCUUUUUUCAGCUCCUCCUCAACUGACAUCAGCCUGGUAGCCAGAGGCAAGAAAAUAAAAACCUGUUUUCAAGAUGCA